CUGGCUGGGUGGGUGGGUGAGCGCUGCACUGACGUCGCUGUUGAAUGAGAUCGUCUCUGUGGUUCCCGAAUGUCUUAGCGAAGUUAAACGGGAGAGAAAGGAAAGUUUAAAGACAGAACGAUUGGUGGGAUAGCCGCCCGUGCAUGUGUUUCUUGUCGGUCAGGUCCAUGGGCAUUCAUGGCUUGUAAGUUGUGGCAGCCGGAGCGUUGUUAUUAAAGCGAGAGCGAGGGAGAGGGAGAAACAGGCAGAGAGAGGCGCCAUUUUGUUCCUUUUUAAAAAGAACUCUCCUCGCCCCAGUUAUUACCAGCCAGUGCGAGGGAGCGACAGAUUAUGGCGAAGAAAACCUACGAUUUACUCUUCAAGCUGCUGCUGAUUGGGGAUUCGGGCGUGGGAAAGACCUGCGUGCUUUUCAGGUUUUCCGAUGACGCCUUUAAUACCACUUUUAUCUCUACUAUAGGAAUUGAUUUUAAAAUCAAAACAGUGGAACUACAUGGAAAGAAGAUCAAAUUGCAGAUAUGGGACACAGCAGGUCAAGAGCGAUUUCACACCAUUACCACUUCCUACUACCGGGGAGCAAUGGGAAUCAUGCUAGUCUAUGACAUUACAAAUGCAAAAAGCUUUGAAAACAUCAGUAAAUGGCUGAGGAACAUAGAUGAGCAUGCAAAUGAAGAUGUAGAGAGGAUGUUACUAGGCAACAAAUGUGACAUGGAAGACAAACGAGUGGUGGCGAAAUCUAAAGGGGAGCAGAUCGCCAGAGAACAUGCAAUUAGGUUUUUUGAGACGAGUGCAAAAGCUAAUAUCAACAUUGAAAAAGCAUUCCUCACAUUAGCAGAAGACAUACUUCAAAAGACUCCUGUAAAGGAACCUGACAGGGAAAAUGUAGAUAUCAGCACUACAGGUGGUGGAACAGGAUUGAAGAAAUGCUGUAGCUGAACGAUCCCUGUGGAAAUAUACUUUCUGCAUUCUAUCUAAAAUGUCCUUUCCCAUUAAAACAAAAAUCUCAUUAACCUUAGUUCUUGCAUCUUGCCUGCUUCACACACAACUUUGAAAACCUGUAUAGAAUCAUGUCUGUGACUCACUGUCUCAUUUUAAAUGUAUGUGCUCAACUCACUACAUUUGGUUGUAUUAUAGUUAAAUUCAUUAUCAAAGUAACAAUGGUUUCAACUCAUCAAAUUGUAUAAGAAUAAAAGUUAGAAUUAACAAAUUUUGUACAACAGUGGAAUUUUCUCUUAUGUAUAAUGUACUUUUUAAUUUGUACAUUUGUGCAAAAAAAGUGAAAUUCGA